AUGCACGGUCCCGGUGACUCCGGGUUUAAGAAUAACUACGACAAACGACGGAUGGAAUCGAGCGCCGCACGGAGCGGCGCGGCGACAACGACGGCGACGGCGACAGCGACAGCGACAGCAAGCGAAACGACAGGAUGGACGCCGCGGGGCCGUCUGCCCCUCGAACUUGUCCAGUUCGUCGUUGACGAGCUAUCCGCCCAGCAGGCGCGGGGGACGCUCGCCUCGUUGGCCGCAACGAGUGGGCCGAUGCACGCAUUGGUGCUGCCGGUGCUGUAUCGGCGCCUCGUGCUGACGCGCGCGAAUGCCGAGCGCGUCCUGGGCCUGCCCCGAUGUCCAUGUCCGCCCGGAGCGAGCACAGCGGACGCAGAGGACGAGGAGGCGUACGACCCCCGAUGUCCGAGAUGGCACGACGCGCUCGCGUCCAAUGUCGGCGCACACCUCGCCCGCCUCGAGGCUGACGAGGUAUACUCGCAACGCUUCGCGUUGCCUGUCGACCUCGCGCCGACGGGGGCCGAGACGGACGACGAGCUCUGCCGCCCUUGUUCGCCCCGCUCGCCCGGCUCCCGCCUCAACCCCGGGUUCGCCUUCACGACGCACCUGGUGCUCGCGCAGUGGCCGCAGUCCCACCUCGUGCGCUCCGUCUGCGCCCACGCCCAUCCCAGUAUUUUAUUCCCCAACGUCUCACACUUCUCCAUCUCGGCGCGUGCGGUCGCGCGCUGUCCGAACGGGCCCGACGACGUGUCCGCCUUCCUGACGACGCUGGCGCGGGCGGAGGACGUCUGCGUCGCCAUGCCCGGAAGCGAGGCGGCGAGCACGACGGGACGCACCGAGUGGGUCCUCGGGUGUCUCAUGAGGAAGGACUAUGCGCCGCGCAGCGUCACGGUGCAUCUUGGCCGACACUCGCCCCCGGGCGAGGUCAGCGGCGGGUACGUCGCGCCGGCGCCGAGGGUCGAGGGCGUGUUCCAGCUCGCGGGGGCUUUUGGCUGGUUCCCGCGUCCGAGUGGGGCGGGCGGAGCGAGGCGCGUCCUGGGCCUGCCCCGAUGUCCAUGUCCGCCCGGAGCGAGCACAGCGGACGCAGAGGACGAGGAGGCGUACGACCCCCGAUGUCCGAGAUGGCACGACGCGCUCGCGUCCAAUGUCGGCGCACACCUCGCCCGCCUCGAGGCUGACGAGGUAUACUCGCAACGCUUCGCGUUGCCUGUCGACCUCGCGCCGACGGGGGCCGAGACGGACGACGAGCUCUGCCGCCCUUGUUCGCCCCGCUCGCCCGGCUCCCGCCUCAACCCCGGGUUCGCCUUCACGACGCACCUGGUGCUCGCGCAGUGGCCGCAGUCCCACCUCGUGCGCUCCGUCUGCGCCCACGCCCAUCCCAGUAUUUUAUUCCCCAACGUCUCACACUUCUCCAUCUCGGCGCGUGCGGUCGCGCGCUGUCCGAAACUGCACGAGGCGAGCGGGCCCGACGACGUGUCCGCCUUCCUGACGACGCUGGCGCGGGCGGAGGACGUCUGCGUCGCCAUGCCCGGAAGCGAGGCGGCGAGCACGACGGGACGCACCGAGUGGGUCCUCGGGUGUCUCAUGAGGAAGGACUAUGCGCCGCGCAGCGUCACGGUGCAUCUUGGCCGACACUCGCCCCCGGGCGAGGUCAGCGGCGGGUACGUCGCGCCGGCGCCGAGGGUCGAGGGCGUGUUCCAGCGUCGCGGGGGCUUUUGGCUGGUUCCCGCGUCCGAGUGGGCGGGCGGAGCGAGCGGAGCGAGCGGCGCGAGCGGCGCGAGCGGCGCGGGGGCAAGCAGAACGAGCAAAGCGAGCAAAGCGAGCAAAGGCAGUUCGUCUCCGAACCCAACCCUGUCUGCUCCGGAACUACACUCGUACCUAACUGCGACUCCGACGCAGGAAACGAGAGUGACAGAAACCGGCGGGGAGGAGGGGGAUGAAGAAGCGACGGCACGCGUCACGCUGCUCUACCCCGCCUCGACGCCGUAUGCGCGCGACGACAUCCAGUCCUGGGUGUACGCGACCUCGCCCUCGCCCCGGCGAACCAUAGCGCUCUCGCUGCGCACGGCGUGCACGGCCCUGCUAUCGGCAGAACAGUCCCUCCUCGAAUUCGAAGACGGGUGGAACGAAGUGGACGUCUGGGCGACCGACGUCGGCUCGUGGGCCUUCUCUCCGUCCGACUCGGACCCGCAACUCCUCGCGACGCUCGAGCGGGCACAGGCGUACGCCUCGGCGCUCACUCGACGUGCGGCGCGGCUGCGCAAGUCGCUCGACGAACCGCCAGACGCAGGCAGUGUCGAGGAGGCCGAGAGCGCGCUUUCUGCGGCUCACGGGGCAUUGAAGACGGCCACGGCCGCGCUGGACGCUACAGACGCCAAGACGGCCAGGCUCGAGCUGAGCCGGUUGCGGGAGGAGCGCCACGCGGCCGCCGUCGCCGUCGGCAUGGCGAGUAGGGCCCUCAAGGCCGCGCAUGCUGAGGGCGAGCGACGGCGGUCCAUCAGGCAACAUGAUGCCGGCCUCAGAUGUGUUGACGGAACUGCAUGCUGCUGA